AAAAAGCCAACGGCAACGACAAAGACUUGGUCCUCGACAGGAGUAAGGGACAAGCAACUUGGAGCAGUAAACACGGGCUCAGCCCGAGCUGUGCAACACCCCCUUCUUGGUUCUGGCUCAGUCUGGCCGCUCGUUUCCACCGAGUCCGUGCCCGUCUCUCUCUCUCUCUCUCUCCCGCUGCCUCCAAGCUCCUCUCGGAUUGGAGUUGAUUUGUUUUCUCUCCCGGAGCUGGUCAGACAGAACCGCGAAGCUGCUUUCCACGUGGUCCGGUGCUGAAAAUUUCCGACCGACUCCCCGACGCUCGGCGCCCAAGUUGAAAGGGAUGACGACCGACGGCUCGAAGACGCCGGACGGGCAGGUUUCCACCGAGCUCCACGAGGCGCCCACCUCGAACGACAAGCCGAAAACGCUGGUGGUGAAGGUGCAGAAGACCAGAACAAUCCCGGAGAGGGAGAAAUGGGGAGGAAGAUUUGACUUCCUGCUCUCCUGCAUUGGAUAUGCCAUCGGUCUGGGAAACGUAUGGAGGUUCCCUUAUCUUUGUGGGAAAAACGGCGGAGGAGCCUUUCUCAUCCCUUACUUCCUGACCCUGAUCUUUGCGGGGAUGCCAAUCUUCCUCCUGGAAUGCUCGUUGGGCCAAUACACGUCUGUCGGUGGACUGGGCAUCUGGAGACUAGCGCCAAUGUUCAAAGGUGUUGGUCUGGCCGCUGCAGUCCUCUCUUUUUGGCUCAACAUCUACUACGUCGUCAUCAUUGCUUGGGCCAUAUAUUACUUGUACAAUUCAUUCACAUCAGAACUGCCUUGGCAAAGCUGUGGGAACGCCUGGAACACAGAGAGCUGUUUCUCAAACUACAGCAUGACCAAUACCACUAAUCUCACCAGCCCCAUUGUGGAAUUCUGGGAACGAAACAUGCACCAGUUAACAGAAGGACUGGACCAGCCUGGACAAAUCAGACCUCCUCUUGCAAUAACUCUGGCCAUCGCUUGGGUCCUGGUGUAUUUUUGCAUUUGGAAAGGCGUCAGCUGGACAGGAAAGGUAGUUUAUUUUUCAGCGAUAUAUCCCUAUGUUAUGCUGCUUAUUUUGUUUUUCCGCGGAGUGACGCUGCCUGGAGCAAGAGAAGGAAUCCUGUUUUAUAUAACCCCCGAUUUCAGCCGCCUUUCAGACUCAGAGGUAUGGUUGGAUGCAGCCACACAGAUAUUUUUCUCCUAUGGCCUGGGUCUUGGUUCUUUGGUGGCUCUUGGAAGCUACAACACCUUCCACAACAAUGUUUACAGAGACGCGAUUGUGGUCUGCUGCAUAAAUUCCACCACCAGUAUGUUUGCUGGGUUUGUUAUUUUCUCCAUCGUGGGCUUUAUGGCACAUGUGACAAAGAAGUCUAUCGCGGACGUGGCUGCUUCAGGUCCUGGUCUGGCAUUUUUAGCAUACCCUGAAGCAGUGACACAAUUACCCAUAUCUCCACUGUGGUCUAUUCUUUUCUUUUCAAUGUUACUGAUGCUUGGAAUUGACAGCCAGUUUUGCACCGUGGAAGGCUUUAUAACUGCUUUGGUGGAUGAGUUUCCCAAAUUGUUACGUGGAAGAAGAGAGAUUUUCAUUGCGGUGGUCUGUAUUAUUUCAUAUUUGAUAGGACUCUCCAACAUUACCCAGGGUGGCCUGUAUGUCUUUAAGCUUUUUGACUACUACUCUGCUAGUGGAAUGUCUUUGCUCUUUCUUGUUUUCUUUGAAACCAUCUCAAUUUCCUGGUGCUAUGGCGUGAACAGAUUCUUUGACAACAUCGGGGAGAUGGUUGGCCACAAACCCUGUCUGUGGUGGAAACUCUGCUGGUCAUUUUUCACUCCAAUUAUCGUGGGGGGUGUAUUUCUCUUCAGUGCUAUUGAAAUGACACCACUUACGAUGGGAAGUUAUGUUUUUCCCAAGUGGGGCCAAGGUGUGGGCUGGUUUAUGGCGUUAUCAUCCAUGAUGUUGAUUCCUGGCUAUAUGGGUUACUUGUUCCUCACUUCAAAGGGCUCUUUAAAACAGCGUCUUCGACUUAUGACUCAACCAACUGAGGACACAAAACGCCGGGAGAAUGGACCAGACCAGCCAGAGCAUGGCAACACUCCAAGCGAUGAAGCCUAUAUGUAGAUUAUUUAUUAAAUAUAAGAUACUAACACUGCCCAGAAAAUGAAUCUUUCACCGGUUGAUCGAGACCAAGGACUGUAGUUACAUUAUUGUGCACCUACCUCCUAUCACAAAUACGAUCAAUAGUUAUACAGGCUAUAAACCUUUGUUGAUGGACAUCAGUAAAAUGCUUAACAAAAAAUGUUUCAGAUCAGGUUUUGAUAACAAAGUAAUUUUGGCAGAGAACCAUCAAUAGAGGCAGACUGUUAGCAUUUUUUUAAGCUAUAGUUUUCUUUUCAAAGAGCUGGCACAGACAUGGUGGGCCUAAUGGCUUCCUUCUGGGCUGUAGGACCCUUUGAUUUUAUGACCACAUAGACGUGAUUAUUUUAUACACGUCAACAUAUUCAGUCUGUCAAGUUUAUAGCAUUAAGGCCAUUAAUCAGAAUUAUGGUUUUGCAAUAAAAUUAUAGAAUUUUCUUAUCUACUCUUUAAUGGUCCUGUCAUAUUUUCCAGAAUAGUACUUGAUUUUCUUCCUGUAACAUUUACACUCUUGAUAGUGGAUGCUACCAACUGUCAGAAUUCCCUGUCCACUUUACAUCCACUUUUUUCAGCCCUUUCCCCAUGUUUUCGUCUUCACCUACUGGUCCACCUAAGUAACACUGUCAGAUGCCAAUGUGAGGAUUCACUUUUAUUCUCCAGUGAGAGAAAGCAAAAUAUUGAUACUAGAAGGAAUGGAAAUAAAUUCUUCUCUAUACUGUUAAUAGCAUUUUAUAAUUUAAAUUAGUGUCCAAGGUAGUCCCAGCCUUUAAUUAUGUUCAUUUACUGUCUCUUGCUGAAGAAUGCGUAGAAAGAACAUUAAUUUAUUGCAAUAACAAUUGACAGCACAGAUAAUACAGAUGGGCAUAAGUAUCAAAGUUUUAUAGGAUAGGUCGGUCGAAAUGGGGAAUGUAAAGGUAGAUGUAAGUAGUCUGGGAGAAGGACAAGAUGUUGCUGCACAUGUAGAGGGAAUGAUAGAGGGGGAAAUGCAGUAUGCAGUAUCACAUUAUAUCACUGUCCUGGCUUCUCCAAAUUUUUGUUCAUUUGAUGUUGGAAAACAUUAGUUUUGUGUCAUUUAUUCAUUUUCCCAAGCUAAACUAUCUCUAACCAAAUUAGCACUUGGUGCUAAAACCAAGGCAUUAAUAUUGUAACUCAGCUUUGACUAAUGAAUUACCCAAGUACACCAAAUCCUCAUUUUCUUUCCUUUCAAACACCCAUGGUCAAAAGCAGCUAUUAUAUCUCAAUUAGGUAAGCAUUUGAAUAUAUUUAAAUAUUUGUAUAAACUUUGUAUUAAUUUCAGCAUUAUCUUUCAUUUCAGCUAGUAUUGAGUAAGUAGUCGCAGCAAAUGUUUUGAAAUUGCUACAUUUGAAGAUCCAGAAGCGGGCAUUAACAGUGUACUUUAUAAUGCAGGGAGUGGUCAAUGACUAUUGAUUUCAUAAUAUCAUGUAGCAGUCGAUCAAGGCAGUGCUUCAACAAUUUUCUACUUUGAGACAGACAUCAGCUUGUGUCUAUGGCAGCUACGCAAAUGUGACAGGGAAACAGAACCACGGAAGAAAAUUUAGUAUAUUGUACAAUGUAUUCUAAGUAAAAGCAUAGAAAGUACAUGCGCAUUGAUUAAUCACUGGUUGCUUUUAAAGAAAUUAUUACAACUAUAUCUGUCAAAAUGUUAUUGUAUAGCAAGUGUGUAAAAAUUAAGUGUAAAUGUCUGCAUCUUAUUUAAUGUAGUUUUGUCAAAGAAAUAAUAAUUCUUCCAUCAUAGACCUUAACACUGCAAUAACUCUUAACACAAACAAAUUAUUAAAGUGUUACUCUUUAAACGUCAGCUAUGUAUUUAAUUUGUAUAAAAUAUAUUCAAUAUAUAAUGAGUCUAGUAAAAAGAGUAUUGUUUUGUAGAUUUAUAAAUGUUAAAUUGAUCAAAUGUACAGUUUUCAACGUAUAUAUUAAAUGGUGUAGUUAAGUUCUAAAUGGCGUUAUUGAUACCAGCGCAUGAUUGUCAUACA